CGUCAUUUUGUUUAUGUUUUUUGGGGAAAAAUAGAAACUAGGUUGUACGGUUGGCACUGUUGGCAGUAAAAUAAACAAUGGCGCUUACAGUAUACUAGGGUUCUGAGAAUAACUUUUGUUUUUAUUAUGGUUUACUCGACUUCCUCACUCGAUCAAAUUAUGAUGGAGGACAAUGCAGACAAUAAUAAAGCAUCAAAAUGAUUCUCGUAACAUAUCAAUGUAGUGGUGUAUAUACGACCUAUUAAGGAUGAUAUAGAAUGGCUUCAAAUUCAUACAACAGGGUGGAAUGGGUGGAAAUAAUCGAGCCCAAGACACAGGAACAUAUGUAUGCCAAUUUGGCUACAGGAGAAUGUGUAUGGGAUCCUCCAGAAGGUGUACCUGUCAAAAGAACAGAUUCCAACCAAUGGUGGGAACUUUUCGAUCAAAAUACAGCUCGAUUUUAUUAUUAUAAUGCUACAUCACAGAGGACAGUUUGGCAUAAACCUACCAAUUGUGAUAUCAUACCUUUAGCUAAGUUACAAACUCUCAAACAUAAUACAGAUUGUACUCCAGCAGCAACUAGCCACCAGUCUACUCAAACAGGACAUCUUACAGAAAGGGGGCAAGUACUCACUUUAUCAGCAAGUACCCCACAGUUAAGACGUAAACCCAGUGAUUUAUGUAGAAGCAGUAGUUUCAGUCAAAGGGGAGCUGAAGCUCCUUUAUAUUCAAAUUGGCAUGAUUCCCAACUGCUUCCUUUGGAGCACUUUUUACUCAACAACAGUCGUGAUUCAGAUAGUGAUCAUUCAGAUAGUGGUAGUGAAUCCUUGACGGGUCAUGAACCUGACAAUGAAGAUUCUGAUCAAUCUGAAGGCAGUUACUUACCUCAUCGUUUAUCACAUAGACCUGUAGAAUAUUUGAACCUUCCAACAGCAGCUACCACAGAACCAAGAGAUAGGGAUGUCAAAGAGAGACCUACUGUACCCUUAUUAAAACCAUUAGCUGAACCACCUUUGCAGCCUGAAAGAGAAGCUGAUAUGGAAAAAUUUGCUGUCGACAAUCUCAAUUUAGGUGGUAGAGGCUUAUUUAGGAGAAAAGCUAGUGUUAGAGAUCUACUCAGUUGGUCAGCAAGAAGUCUUCAGAGGCCUUUACUAGCAUCUAGUAAACCUGUUGCAAGGCAAGCUUUAGAUAUGUUCCGCCAAGUACAAAUAUAUAUGGGUGAUAGAAAAGCAAGACCAGGAGUUUCUUUAAAUUCUCUUCUUAUGGAUAUAUUAGGAUCUGCACAUAUGCAAGCUUUACUUAGGGAUGAACUUUUUGUACAGUUAUGCCGACAAACUACUGAGAACCCAAGAAAAGAAUCUCUAGUGCGGGGUUGGGAACUGCUAACCAUAGCUCUUGCCUUUGUUCCUCCUAGUCCAGUUUUCCAACCAGCUCUUUUGGGAUACCUGAAUAGACAUAGAGAUCCUACUUUCUCUAGAGUGUUCCCUGAUGUAAAUAGAUGGCCCAUUCAUGUUCAAGUUAACCACUAUGCAACAGUGGCGUGCCAAAGAUUAGAGAGGAUAGGAACAGGCGGUAAACGAACCGCACGCCGUCCUCAAAUAGAUGAUAUUGAAGCAGCACGGAAGCAAAUCUUCCAAGCUAGUUUAUUUGGAAAUACUCUGCGAGAAGUGAUGCAACUUCAAGCAAGCCGUUGGCCCAACCGAAGGCUCCCUUGGCCGCAGAUAGAGCUGUCGCAGCAAGUGUUAAAGCUACAGGGUCUGACAACCGAGGGGAUUUUCCGAGUAUCAGCUGACGUAGACGAGGUGAAUCGAUUAAAAGCACAGAUGGAUGCGUGGGAGAUCAGCGAGGUCAGCGACGCGCAUGUGCCUGCAAAUUUAUUAAAGUUAUGGUUACGCGAACUGUACGAACCACUUAUACCUGAUUCUCUUUAUCCGGAAUGUGUAGCUGAACCAAUGACUUCUCGGCGUGCGUGUGAUUUAGUUUUACGUCUCCCAACCUUACAUAGGCUUGUAUUAUGCUAUCUUAUUAGAUUUCUGCAAACUUUCAAUAAACCAGAGGUCAUACAGCACACAAAAAUGGAUGCUUCCAACUUAGCUAUGGUUUUUGCCCCCAAUUGCUUGAGGUGUAUGGCUAGUGAUCCACGUACCAUGUUCGAUAAUGCUCGUAAGGAGAUGGCAUUUAUGCGAUGCCUCAUCCAAGAACUAGAUACUGAAUGUGUUCGAGAUAUGAUCUGACCUCAACACUCUCUGUAUAUAACAUAUUUAUACAAACAUACCAUUUAUUGUAACAUUUUUUAUUGCGAAAAAUAGAUAUUUCCUUGUGAGUUACUUUUUAUUAUUACUUUUUACAUUACAAAUUGUGAUUUAAAUUAUAUAUAGAAUAAAACUGUUUUCCUAAGAAA